CGCGAUGGCGGCGGCACCGCUCUUGCGGCUCGGGCGGCUCCUGCCGCUCGGCCGGGGCCUGGGCCUGGGCCGCGGCGCGCAGCACCUGCUCUGUAGACGCCUCUCCACCCACAUCUCUAAUUGCGAUUCCCAGGCCAAUGCCGCUAAGAAGCCGAAGGCGGCGGAAGCCGAGCCGGGCCAGGCCUCGUCACUGAGCCCGGCGCAGCUGGAGCGGAUCCGCAAGAACAAGGAGGCGGCUCUGCGGCGACUGGCCGAGCGGAACGUGCCCGCCGGCUUCGGGGAGAGCUGGAGGCGGCAGUUAGCCGAUGAGUUCUCGAAGCCCUACUUCAUGGAGCUGAUGGCGUUUGUAGCAGAAGAGAGGAAGCGGUACACAGUCUAUCCUCCCCCGGAGCAGGUCUUCACCUGGACGCAGAUGUGCGACAUCAGAGAUGUAAAGGUUGUCAUUUUGGGGCAAGAUCCAUAUCAUGGACCUAAUCAAGCUCAUGGGCUCUGUUUCAGUGUCCAGAAACCUGUUCCGCCACCCCCCAGUUUAGAAAAUAUUUACAAAGAACUAUCUACUGAUAUUGAAGACUUCACACAUCCUGGUCAUGGAGAUCUAACUGGCUGGGCCAAGCAGGGUGUGCUCCUCCUCAAUGCUGUCCUGACAGUGCGAGCUCACCAAGCUACCUCCCACAAGGAGAAAGGAUGGGAACAAUUCACAGAUGUGGUAGUGUCUUGGUUAAACAAGAACUUGCAUGGAGUUGUGUUCAUGUUGUGGGGAGCAUAUGCGCAGAAAAAAGGCAGUUCCAUUGACAGGAAACGCCACCAUGUUCUGCAGACAGUUCACCCUUCACCUCUGUCUGUGCAAAGGGGGUUUUUCGGCUGUCGGCAUUUCUCUAAAACAAAUGAGUUGCUGAAGAAAUCUGGCAAGAAGCCCAUUGACUGGAGAGCACUCUAAACUACAAGCAUAAGCUUGAGAGUUUAAUGAUCAGAAAUAGCCCCUGUUCAAAGGGUUGCCUUAUUUCUGAAAAACGUUUGCUGACCUGAGAAUCGUUCUUCGGAUGUUGAUCAAGUCAAUGAAAAAAUGACUUAAAUUUCAGAGACAGUUGUUCUUCUCCUCUCUCUUCUCUCACUGUUUAUAUAUAUAUACAAUGUGCCAGGUGUUUUUAAGAGCAAACUGGAAUGUUGUAUGGACUACUUUGUUACCACUCCUUGAACUGAUCUUAGCAUAGUGUGAAGCCAAGAAAGAAAAAAAAAUCCAUAUUAAUUUGUGCUCAUUGUUGUAAUGGGAAUAUAUGUGAGUGCUCUUGUGAAUGUAUGUGAAUUCUCAUAGGUUAAGCUAUUUGGUUUCUGUAAGUACCCUAAUUUGCCUCCUUCCGCUCUUUUGCUUUGUGAUGUGCAAAUCUGGAUUUUGUAUUUGGUGGUGGUGGGGAAUUGGAGGCACUGUCAGAUCUGUACAUGAGGGAAAGCUGAGGGGUUCCUUUUUGAUUUUUAGCUUUUUUUUUUUUUUUUUUUUGCUACAGAUGUAAGAUUUGAUUAGAAAUACACUGGCCUCCUGUGGCUUUAGAGUCUGUACAGUGUGAGGAAGUUUGAGUGUAUCUUUGCACUCUCUCAAAAGGUCAGGGUUAAUCCUCUCAGCAGCUGAGGGGGAAAUAAUGACCAGCACUUUGGUUAUGUUCUGAGCCUUGUUCCCAAAGGAAACAUGACACUUAGAGGAGAAACCCCAAAAUAUUAAACUGCUUGGUGGGUAUCUUAAUCACCUGGAUGACAGGUGAGUUGUGAUGACCACUAACUCUGAGGUGAUCCUGUGUAUAGUGCUAGUGAGUCUGGAUCACUGAGUAUUCUGCAGAAACAACGUACAAGAGCAUAAGACAGGAAAGUGGUUUCAUGCAAAUAAGUUUUGUGCUGAUGAUGUUUUUUUUUCUGCAACUCUUGCUCUGUUCAGUACUUGCUGAUGUCAAGGGAGAUGCUUUGUUUAAGAUUUGCUGGUUGAUGGGCUUGAAUAUUUCAGUUUAAGAUCUCAUGAAUUACAAUAUGGAAGUGAAGAUGCAGUGUGUCAGUGAAGAAAAGGAUCUAUUGAAUACAGAGGUGGUUUUGUGCUUUGCUUUCGUAGGAGCACAAUGAGGUUUCUAGCCAUUGUUGAAAAUAACUAUUACUACUUCUAGGAUGAAAAUAGAUCUGACUUUUAAUUUUGAAUUUCCAGUGCAUCUUUGAAUUGUUACUUUCUUUCAGUGAAAGUGGUCUAGUCUUUCUGAAGUUACAUAACUUUUUAUAGUAGAUUCAAACAUCUGAAUACGCAUAUAAAUCGUGUUUAGUAGGUAACACUAGUGCAAGUGGAGUUCUGCGCUUUCUUUGAAUGUGUUGUUUUUUUCCUCAAACAGAUUGUUUUUAAAUAAAAAUAACAUUGUUUAUGUU